UUUCGGCUUAUUUCGAUAUCCCCUCAAUUUUCAGUUACGUCACUGGACCUGACGUCCUUGGCUCUGCAGUUCAGUGUGGCGUCAGUCUGAAAUGCUGGACUGUGCUGUUCCCGUAUCGGAGGUCGUCCUAAUUUCACAUCACCGGACGGUCGGUCUGGUUACGUUACCGAGCAGCGAUAAGAGGGCGGAGAGACGCAUGAGCUGCCUGAUAAGAGCCUAGUAUAAACACGGAACACACAGGGGAUUGUCAGAGGAGAAGAGGGGAUACAACAAACCACUGGUUCUGCUCCUGCAACACCUGAUGUACCAAUUCUCCAUACAGCAGGUGUAGUGACCCAAAGUGCAAUCUGUGAGUGUGUACCAGGGCUCAGUUGUGGGUGUGUUAACUCCUGUUUGCACCAAUGGGUCUUAAACUGUCAGUGUGGCUGAAUGAGAUGACAGCGGGCAGGCCUCCUUCCUCCUCCUCAGCAUUCCCUCCACUGGCCGUCCCAACCUCCUCCCGCCUGGCAAUCACAUUGAACUCUUCUCCGGUUGCCCCGGGAGACUGUCGAUCACACUGGAGCUCUACCCACCGCUCCCCCCACUUCCUGCUCUCUACCUGUAGAGAGGAAGUGACUCGUACACCUGUCGAGCAGAGCAGCGACGGGGUGAGGGCCGAGGUGGGGGUCAAGAGUGGGCUGCAUCUCUGGGAGGUGCUGUGGAGUCCCACCCACAGAGGAAGUCACGCUGUGAUUGGCAUUUCCAGUCAAAACUGCCCUCUGCAAGCCUCAGGGUACAGUGCACUGGUGGGUGGAGAUUCCCAGUCCUGGGGCUGGGAGCUCAAAACCAAUCAGCUUUGGCAUGGCAGUCAGAGCCUAGGGAUUUACCCAGGAGAGAAGAGGAAGAGCCGCUCAGAGGGUGCGGUGGCACCGCUCCCUGUCCCGGAAUGUGUUGUGCUGGUGUUGGAUGCUGAUGCGGGGACUCUUGGUUACAUAGUUCAUGGCUACUUCCUUGGUGUGGCAUUUAAGGACCUCCCUCGGGGGGUGGAGCUGUUCCCAGCAGUGAGCAGUGUCAGGGGAGGAGCCACCAUACGACUGCGUUACCUAAAUGGCACCACACGUGAUGCCCCUGCCCUGAUGGCUUUAUGUCAGCUCUCCAUCCAAAAAUUUCUAGGGCAACAUAGGCAGAAUCAGACAGACAAACUGCCUCUACCUCCUUUUCUGCAGCGUUAUCUGCUUCCCACCCAAUAAGAUGCACAUGGACACACACAUGGACAACAGAAACACUUGUGUCAACUGUUGCACAGUGGUGCUUACAAUACAUUUUUAAAAUGAAACAUCAGCUAAUUAACAGUGACAUA